CCACAAUCCAGUAUGGCGGAAUCCGUUGGUGAGUGGAACUGUCGUUGGCGCGCUCUCCAACGGGAGUAAAGUCCGGUGCGGUGCGUCUGAUCGCGGCGGAGCUGCGGAGAGUUCGACCGUUGAGUGAAGAGAAACCAACACGCAGAGUUUGAUUACGGCCAGAGGGGGUGCUGUGUGCAUCUGAACAUCUCUCUUUCCCUGUCCCGUGUCUCUCUUGACCUGUCUGUCCAGUCAACAGUGGAUGGUGACCAGCCAACAAACCCUAGAGGAGCCGUGAGGCACUUCUCAAAUCCUCAUCCGCCAGGACACACUACUCUAAUAGUCGGGCCACUUCAGAAAGAGCUGCCAACACAAUGAGUUCCCACAGCCGCCCAGAUGGACUUCCCGGUAAAGAACAUCCACUGGAGCUUCUGAAGCCAUCUGGUGUCAACCACAUUCCUCCUGUUGAUGUGAGUGCGGCUCUGCCACUGCAAGUUCCCCCCUCUGCCAUCCCCAUGGACCUGCGCGUGGAUCACCAGUUUGCUCUGGCCCCGGCGGACCCGGCUCAACGCGAGCAGCAGCUGCAACAGGAACUGCUUGCGCUCAAGCAGAAACAGCAGAUCCAGAGGCAGCUCCUCAUCGCAGAGUUUCAGCGGCAGCACGAUCAGCUCUCGCGCCAGCAUGAAGUGCAGCUGCAGGAGCAUGUCAAGCAUCAACAGGAUCUUCUGGCCCUGAAACAUCAGCAGGAGCUUCUGGAGCACCAGCGGAAGUUGGAGAGACAUCGCCAGGAACAAGAGCUGGAGAAACAACAGCGGGAACAGAAGCUUCAACUACUCAAGAACAAAGAGCGUGGCCAAGAGAGCGCUGUGGCGAGUACUGAGGUGAAGAUGAGGUUGCAGGAGUUUGUCCUGAAUAAGAAGAAAGCACUGGCCCAGAGGAGCCUCAACCACUGCUUGCCUAACGACCCACGCUACUGGUACGGGAAAACCCAGCAUAGUUCACUGGACCAGAGCUCGCCACCUCAAACAGGGAUUUCCACUUACAACCACCCGGUGCUGGGAAUGUACGACCCCAAAGAUGACUUCCCGCUCCGCAAGACUGCUUCUGAGCCCAACCUGAAGCUGCGCUCCAGACUGAAGCAGAAAGUGACAGAGCGCAGGAGUAGCCCGCUGCUGCGGAGGAAGGACGGGCCCAUCACUACUGCUAAGAAACGUUCUCUUGACAUGGCAGAAUCUGCAUGCAGCAGUGCUCCUGGUUCAGGCCCAAGUUCACCCAACAACAGUUCGAACAACAUUACCAAUGAGAAUGGCAUCGCUGGAUCCAUCUCCAACAGUCCAAUGGAGCCAUCAUUGGCACACAGACUGGCCGGUAGAGAGGGACCUGUUAGCCAGCUGUCACUGUACACGUCACCCUCCCUCCCCAACAUCACCCUGGGUCUGCCAGCAAAUGGCCCCUCCAACGUUGCAUCUGGCCAGCAAGAUGGUGACAGAAUGGCAGUGCCAGGAAUACCCAUAACCACUCCGUUCAUGCACGGGGCCCAUCUGCCAUCUUACCUGACCGCCUCCAGUUUAGAGCGAGAGAGCGGCUCUGCACAUAACUCUCUACUGCAGCAUAUGGUGCUUCUGGAGCAGUCAGCGGCGCAGAACUCACUGAUCGCAGGUCUUGGGGGUGUACCCCUGCAGUCUCAUCCCAUCCACAAGCUCCGGCAGCAUCGGCCUCUGGGACGCACACAGUCGGCCCCACUGCCUCAGAACGCUCAGGCGCUACAACAGCUGGUGGUUCAACAGCAGCACCAGCAGUUCCUCGAGAAACACAAGCAACAGUUCCAACAGCAGCAACUGCACAUCAGCAAGAUGAUGGCGAAGCCAAGCGAGCCAAGUCGACAGCACGAGAGCCACCCGGAGGAGACGGAAGAGGAACUGAGGGAGCACCAGGGGCUAGCCGAUUCCGCAGAGGGUCUUCCUCAUGGGGUCACCAUCAAACAGGAACCUCCAGAUGAACAGGAUGAAGAGCUCCAACUGAGAGAGAGACAGGCAGAGGAAGAGCUGCUCUUCAGACAGCAAGCUCUCCUGUUGGAGCAACAGAGGAUACAUCAGCUGAGGAACUAUCAGGCGUCAAUGGAAGCAGCCGGGCUGUCAGUGACUUUCCCAGGCCAUCGACCCCUGUCCAGAGCACAAUCCUCUCCAGCAUCAGCCACAUUUCCCAUCGUAGUGCAGGAACCUCCGGCCAAACCACGCUUUACCACCGGUCUGGUGUAUGACACAUUGAUGCAGAAGCACCAGUGUAUGUGUGGAAACAGUAACAUACACCCCGAGCACGCCGGCCGCAUCCAGAGCAUCUGGUCACGACUGCAGGAAACAGGACUGCGCGGCCAGUGUGAGGGUAUUCGGAGCAGGAAAGCCACUCUGGAGGAGUUACAGACCGUUCACUCUGAAGCUCAUGUGCUGCUUUAUGGCACCAACCCACUCCGACAGAAACUUGACUGCUCGGGGACUCCCAUGUUCGUGAGACUCCCGUGCGGAGGAAUCGGGGUUGACAGUGACACAAUCUGGAAUGAAGUUCACUCUUCCAGUGCUGCUCGUCUGGCUGUGGGAUCUGUGGUGGAUCUGGUCUUUAAGGUUGCAUCGGGAGAGCUGAGGAACGGCUUUGCUGUAGUACGACCUCCAGGACACCACGCUGAGGAGAGCACGCCAAUGGGAUUUUGCUAUUUCAACGCUGUCGCCAUUGCAGCCAAACUCCUGCAACAGAGACUCAACGUCAGUAAGAUUCUGAUUGUAGACUGGGAUGUUCACCAUGGCAACGGAACUCAACAGGCCUUCUACAGCAACCCCAAUGUCUUGUAUGUGUCUCUCCAUCGCUAUGAUGAUGGUAACUUCUUCCCUGGCAGCGGUGCCCCUGAUGAGGCGGGCAUUGGUCCAGGUGUGGGAUUUAAUGUGAACAUGGCUUUCACCGGAGGUCUGGAGCCACCCAUGGGGGACGCAGAGUACCUGGCAGCAUUUAGAACGGUGGUGAUGCCUAUUGCCAAUGAGUUUGCUCCAGACGUUGUGCUGGUUUCUUCUGGUUUUGACGCUGUGGAGGGGCAUCCACCACCUCUGGGAGGAUACACGCUAACGGCCAAAUGUUUUGGCUACCUGACCAAGCAGCUGAUGGGACUGGCCGGCGGCCGGCUGGUGCUAGCCCUGGAGGGUGGUCACGACCUCACCGCCAUUUGCGAUGCCUCUGAAGCAUGUGUUUCUGCUUUGCUUGGAAAUGAGUUGGAGCCUCUCCCUGAAGAAGUGCUGCAACAGAGGCCGAAUCCCAAUGCCGUUCACUCCAUGGAGAAAGUUCUGGAAGUCCACAGUAAAUACUGGCGCUCGCUGCAGCGAUCAGCCUCGACUCUGGGCUACUCUCUGCUGGAGGCUCAGAGGUGUGAAACUGAAGAGGCGGAGACUGUGACCGCCAUGGCCUCCCUGUCUGUGGCCAACAAGAACAUGGGGAAGAGGACAGAGGAGGAGCCCAUGGAAGAGGAACCUCCAUUGUAGAAGGUCCAUUUAACUGCCUUGGUGACCCUCUUGGCUCAGAGCCUCUUGAAGUCUCUGUGCUCACUCUGCUCUCUCCACUCGUUUCAUUUUUUGUCCCACCUCUGCCUGGCAGGGCAUGAUGUGCGCACUUUAAGCACGGGACUCGAAACGGCCUGAAGAAACCUCCAUGACACCCAGAGUGCAACAGUCUCAGCCCUGUUAGACAGUCUCUGUCUGUGGCAGAACUACUAGGAUUCAGUACCUGGUCUGUCCACAUGGACGCAUACUUUUGAGCAGGACAUUGACUUAUGUUCCAUUGUUAGAUGUGAGAGCUGGUGCUUUCAACAAGAACUUUUGUUAUGUUUCUUUCCAGAGCCACUAAAGUCCACAUGACUGACUUUGGCUGUGGGCCACAAUGCAGCCGCAUCCUUCUCGUUUUUAUUCGUUGUCAUGUUUGUUUGUCUUAAGAAAAGAAGUGACUCAUUCCAUUUGUCAUCCAAGUUACUGCUAAAUGCUUCUGACAUUGUUUUUGGAAGAUGAGAUCUGAGAUUGGGAGAGAGUGAAGAAUUGGGAAACCCAACCGAGAGCCAUAAGAGUGGACAAUGCGAGUUUGUGCCUUUUUUUGUGAUGGAUUGAGAAGAACAUUGCCUUAAACUAGUUACAGGAGGGGUUGAAAAUGUUGAGCUCCAUUCCACCUCUGUUCUUGCUUUUCAAGAGGUGGUACAUGUGAGGGUCAAAGGCUGGCCUGAAGAAUCGGAAAAACCCCUCAGCAUGUUUACCAGGAACUCCCUGCAGAAAUUGUCACGCUUCACACACAUUAUUGAACUUUUUACUGUUUUUUUUUUCCUGUUCUGUCAUUUUACUGUGCUUGUGUUGGACAUCACAUAACAAAUUAACUUGUAAGGUAGUUGCCAGCUAUCCAAGGGCAAACAUUGUUUGAGCACUUUUCAAUUGAAUUCUCCAGUGCUUUAGAAGGCAAGCCAAUGUGUAGCGACUUUUCAACUCUAAUGACCAAAUACACACCUCGUCCUCCUUUUCGAAAGCAUUGACCAGCAUGCACCAUUGCGGAACAUCUUUCCAUCUGCCAAGUUUGAAUUCAUCUGCCAUAGAUUAACAGCAACUAUUUCGAAGCAUGAAUUUGCUGUUAAAACAGUAGUUAUCUGCCACUAGCUGCAAGCAUUUAGUAUAGGGCUGCAAUAACGAUUUGUCAUACAAAAAAAACACAAUUUGUGCUUUAAAAGAAACUAUAUUUUUCCCUCUCUCAACAUGUUGUACUUUUAUACUCAUGAAUGUCUAGUUUUCAGAUUCCUUUACAGUUAAUCAAGGCCACUAGCGUAUCACUACUAUUAUUCUACUCAGCAGAUGGUCAGUUUUAUUGACACCUUUAAAAAAACAAUAGGAAAAGGGCUGGUUAACGAUUUUAAAUGAACCAUUUCGCCUUCAGAUGUGCCUCCUGGUGAGAUUUAGGGCUGGUGUAAAGCGGCACGUUUCCUGCCGAUUGGCCUGUGCAAGGGCAUCGCUACACAACGUAAUAGUCCUUUCACUAUAGGGGCAGGUGCUACAACACAAUCCAGGAAGUAGUGAAACCACCAGCUUCCACUCAGAACACAAUCAUAAAAACACCUCUGAGACAACUGUGAUACUCAGACAAUCUGCAUGUGACUAUUUUGACGUAGAGUUUUGUAGCUGCAUCCUUGACCUGUAGGGGGCAGUGUACCAAUGCUUUUAAACGGCACAUACAGUAGAACUGUACAUAUAUAUGCAAUUAUGCAUGCUGACAGUAGAUAAUUUGGCUUGACUUUGAUUGUACAUGUACCUUUUGGAUUCUGGACUGGUUAAGGGGUAAUUAUUUUGUUUGACAACACUGACUCAUGUUUAGCCUCUUGGCAACUACCUUUGGCAUUCUUUUUCAUGUGUAUCAUGUACGUUAAAUAUGAGACACAUUAAGGAAGGCGAUUUGAUUCACUGUUGCCAUUGUUCCUUGACUUCAUAUUUGUAUAUGCCGGUCACGUAUGACUACUCCACUGUGGGCUUUCGCCCUUUUUUUUUUUUUUUUUUUGUCUGUUUGUCUAUGUUUUGUUACUUUUUUCUGGCCUUGUGACCUUGUUUGUCCUAUUUUUAUACUUUUUUUCUUUUUCAUUGUUCAUUUAUAUAGUUGACAAUGUGUUUUACAUGCUUAAGAUCUUUAGUUUCUUGUUUCAGAGAGUAACAGCCUUUUUUAAUUGUUUUCUUCUUUUUUUCAUUUGUUUUAUCUUUUAAUCGUUUUUUAUAGGUGAAGGGAGGGAGAUGGUUUUACUUUGUAUAAUGAUUCCAACAAUUGUGUAUUUACUGUGUUCUGUUCAUAGUAGAUUUAUAUUACAAAGAUCUAUAGAUAUAUUAUAUAUUAUAAAUAUUGCAGACUCAAAUGAGAAAAUUAGUAUUGCAAAGUGAUAUACAGUAUAUCAGUAUGUGGUCUGGCUUUGCCCAUCACUGGUUUCACUGAAGGCACUGUUUAAAGCUGCUGUUGGUUUUAUGCAUUCACAGUAGCAUUACUCUGGCACCGCAACCGCUUAAUCAAAAGUCAAAAUGCUCUUCAUUAUUCCGGCUUUAUUAUGACAGAGCUCUUGCUAAACUAAUACAAAAAGCUCUCGGAAAAUAUUAUGGACUGACACUUUAAAUUUAAUGCUGAAUGAAUUUGGUGUGAAAAGUAGAGUAGAUGCUGACAUCACAAUUACCUUUGUUUGGUCAAUGCAAAAUGGAUUUCAGUUGUUUUAUUCUACCUUUCAAGAUUUUGAAUAUGUUUGAAUUACUUAAGUUAGCAUUGGGGUAAAUCUCUCCAAACCUGUUCAGAACAUGCCUGGGUCGUAUUUCCUUCCCAAAAUCAGAAGAUAUUAUAUUUUGUUUAAAUAUAAAUAAAUGUAUAUUUAAGCAUAUAAAUAUUGAAAGUAUUUACAUUGUGACAUUAUUUUCAUGAAAACUAAGCACAUUUCCCCCAAAUUCCAACCUGCUCUCAUAGCAAAUAGUAAAAAUCAUACUAUUAUUACGAUUUGCCAUGAGACCGGGUUGGCGAAAUCGUAUGUGUUGGCUUGUACAAAAACAUACAACUUUUACUCCCAUAAAGAAAAAUAAACAAACCAUGCUAUUAAAAAUGUUCUAAAGAUAAACCCCAAACCAAAAACCAACCAUAAAAUAUAACCCCUUACCCAAACCCUGAUUUUAAUAAGACAAUCAAUGUUGUGUACAACGGAAGAAAGAGAAACAUUAGGGUUUUGAGUGAGUGUUCUUGCCAUUUUUCUCUUAGUUUUGCAUCAAUUUGAAAUUGUUGGUUGUUUGGUUACUCUCUAUGGGAAUAAAAGUUUUCGUUAGAACCAAGUUGUAUGAUAUUUUACCAUUUUAACAACUUGUACAAAUUAUUACAAGCUGAGACUGCCAAAUUCUCAUCACUGUAAUGCAAAAAAAGAACUAACUUAUGUAAUUACUUGAAUGUGAACAUUUUUAAAGUAUUUUUACAUCAUGGUAGUAUUUGUUGUUGUUCUUUUAAUUCAUGCUGAUUUAAAUAACCCACUUAAUAUUGUGUUUUUCCUACUAUGUACUUAAGCAUUUGACACAAUGUACUUUUUCUGUAAAUACCUGUUGUUGCAUUGUACUUACAUUUAAAGUACCUGCAUUUCAUUACAUCUGUAGUUACACUGUGAACUUUAACCCUAAACCUAACCCUCUUCCAAUCCUAACCCUAUCCCUAAAUCUACUCGUACCUCAAACUCAGUAGCAGUAAAUGUGAAUCUUGUGAUAAUUUUGCAGAAAAACAUGGUUACACAUUGUAUUGUAUAGAGGUCGACCGAUAGUGGACUUUGCCGAAACCGAUAACUAAGUUGCUGGAAAAAGCCAAUAACCAAUUAAUCGGCCGAUAGUUUUUAAAAUCGAUUAAUAGAAUGCUAAGACAUUUGCUUUGUCGACACAGGCAUAGAGGCCAGAGUACAAAAUGAAUAAAUCCCAGAUGUUUAUUUUUUUUAACCAACAAUAAUCCGAAAUAAAGAAGAUUUGGUGCAUAACAUGGGACUUUUAAUACUAAACAAGCCUGAAACACACUGGGGACUCUUAUUUUGAAAUGACAGAGAUUUGGCUCCAUUACAAAGCUCUAUUUGUAAUAUUUACCAAAUUAAGAUUUUUAUAGCCUAUAUAUUAUUAUUGUUAUUCACAAUAUAUGAAGUAUGUGCUGUUGAGGGACGUGUCCAUAUGGUCACAUUUUUCUUUGCAUGCCCUCACUUCAAUUUAAAAAACGUAAUUAUCAAAGAAACACGGAGGAAUAAAAAAAACUAUCGGAAUAGAUUUUUGCUGAUAACCGAUAGUUCCAAAAAGCACCUAUCGACAACGAUUAAUCGGUAAAACCGAUAUAUCGGUCUACCUCUAGUAUUGUAUGUAUUUUAAAGUUAGUACAUAGUAGUUAAAGAUACAUCUAAUAUAAAUUGGGACCGAUUUAAAAAAACAACAACAACAAAAAAACAGUAAAAAUCAUCACUGUAACAAUAAAGAGAAUCACCACUAAGAAAAAUAGGAAUUACAAAAAUAAUAAUAAUAUUUAAAGUCAAAUGUCAGGAUGCAUUACAGUAAUGAGAAUUUGGGGUGAAAUAUGCUUAAUUGUCAUGACAAUAAUGUCACAGUGGUCCUAAAAAUAAGCUUCUGUGUGUAAAAUAUAGUUUCUUAUUUUUUUGUUUGAUUUUGGGGUUUAAUAUAACCUGGAUUUUUUUCAUGAAAUUAAAUUCACUUGUUAUUGUUUCGUUUGGGCAAAUGAUGUCAGCAGUCACUCUCUGGGCACUUCUGAUUGUAAAAUAUUUGUCUUAGUCAUUUCGAGAAUGAUCUAUUUUGGGCCUUUUUGCUGUAUCAUAUCCAAACUAUGUCCAUCAAAUCUGAAUUAUUUUUUUAAGGAAGUGCAGAGGCUGACAUUUAUUGAAAAUGUCCUGGAAAAGUAAAGCAGUGUUCCAAAAGAGUCUCAUAAUAACACUAAUAUUCAAACUAAUAAAAACAGCUAGUGACUAAUCGGCCCAUAACUCCAAACCACUUUGCAAUAACAGUCUCAACAACGGCAGCCUAUCCAAUACGGUCUUGCUCAAAGGGACAUCAUUAUCCGGUUCAUCCGGAUAGUCAUUUUACUUUCCUCUUGUUUUGUAUAAAAGAGAAUAAUCAUUCCAUUUGUUUUCCCUAUUUUAUUUUACCUAUCUGUCAUUCCUGCUAAUUUGCCAUGAGGUCUGGCCUGAGCGUUGUUUAUUUGCAGGCCAGGGUGAAGUUGAUUUCAGUCUCUCUCCUUCACAGCUGUAGAUUUCUGCAUGGUUUGUGUGUCAGCAUGCCUGUAUGUCCUUGUAACAUAUUUGCACAAAGGAGGAACACAGGAGGGUUUGAGGCUUUUACAACAUUGGAGAACGCAUAGGAUGGAAGCUGUUCUGUUCCUCCUCUGUUUCUGGUCAGUAAAGCAGACAGAAUUAUGCUCUUUGUGUCCGACGGAUGUGCUUUUUACUUGUUUAAAAAAAUGAAUGAAAGAAAAAUUACUUUUGAAUAUUUUACAGCAACACAGCAAAGUUAUCUAGCACUUGUGGCAUACAGACUAGAAUGUAGAGCAUUGUUUUAGGUGAACUACAAACUACACUACACAGACUGGCCUGUGUGACUUUUUUGCUUUCGGUUUGUUUUCUUUUUCUUUUCUAAUCUUCCUCUGGAGGUAUUUUGGGGGCUGGAGGAAGACUAGGAAAAGCUUAGGGUUGUUCCUUUAGAACAUCUGGAAUCAUCAAAGGGCUUUUCCAGAUGCUUGACGGAUAUAUCUUCAGUUUGUCAAAAUAAAAAAAAAACAACACUUAUCAGCCAGUAAUACCUGUGACCACUGUGGCUCGAGAACAGUUCUAGGUUUACAAAAAUGUAAGAAAUGCAUAUUAUUUUUGUCACUUUGUUUUUCCAUUGUUACAAUAGAACUUUUCUUGGGACCUUUGCUCUAACGUUUGUCUUUGACAUCAAUUAUAAAGUACCUUGUUUUUGAAUA